AUGGCUAGUGAGGAGAGUUUUGUAGUGUUGGUGCAUUAUAGAGGAUCAAUUAAGAGAAAAACACGAUCUAGUGUGAAGUUCACUGAUAAAGAUCCUCUCAGUAUUUUUAUGAGACAUACGACGAGAUAUGAUGACUUUGUAAAUUCUAUACUACAGAAACUUGGGCUGCAAGGUAUGAAACGGGUUCAGAAGUUAUUCUAUCGCAUUCCGAUCUCAGUGCUACAAGAAAUCAUGAAGUACGAUUGUUUCUCCAUAAGGAGUGAUAAGGAUUUGCAGGUCCUGUUCCAUUGUCGUCGGCAAUUUUCUGAGGUCAGGACACCUGAGCUGUUGGCAAAGUUCGUUGAUGUGGUAUCUAGCUCGGGGGGUUUGAAUCGGAAUACCCACACUAUAGGCACAGUAGCCGGUUCUAACUCGAGACCUGUUGAUGCAUCUUCGUCUGUCCCUGUGAAUGAACCUCCGGACGAACCUGUUGCCUCCACGUCAUUCGCUGUUGAUCUCAACUAUAGUGGAGGCGGAGAGGUUGGAAUCGUGGAUAGGGUGCCGACUUCUUUACAGUGUGGGACAUCGGCUGGUAUGGGUGAUGCGUUGCUGGAUGAUGAUGACGAUGAUGAUGUGGAGUCGGAUCUCAUUGCUGAUGACAGUGGCAAUGAGAUUGCAGCGAGUAAUCCAGCUAGGAUUGGCGGUGGUUCUAGUUCUGGGACAAAGCAGUAUCCUCCUCACUUUUCAUCUUUGGACUUGGAUGCCAUGAGACAAGAGGGGGUUUCGGGGAGCCUACUGGAUUUGGUGCUAGAGAUGCCCAGGAGACUGGUAGUUUUACAGAGUUUCAGGUUGGUCAGCAGUUUCAGGAUAAAGAAGAGGUUGUGUUAA